CAUUGGAAAAAAAAAAUACAACAAGAAACAAACAUGCCCUCCCUUCAUCCUCUUCUCAUCUUCUUUCCUUUGCAACAACUAGUUAGGGUUUUGAGUUUGUGUUGUUGCUUUUAUCCCUGAAAAUCAAAUCAGACUCAGAAAGAGAAAGAGAAAGAAAAUGGCGCUGAAGUUUCUGAACAAGAAGGGAUGGCACACGGGGAGUUUGAGGAACAUAGAGAACGUGUGGAAGGCGGAGCAGAAGCACGAAGCGGAGCAGAAGAAGUUGGAAGAGCUUCGCAAGCAGAUCCAGGAGGAGCGAGAGCGCACCGAAUUUCGUCUUCUUCAGGAGAAAGCUGGCCUCGUUCCGCACCAGGAGAGGUUGGAGUUUCUGUACGAUUCGGGGUUGUCGGUUGGGAAAUCUGCGAAUUCUGAAGGAUUCAAGGCCCUCGAACAGUUACCGAAAUCCGAUGCAACGGAUGCAGCAGGCGCAGGCUCCUCUGCUUCUGCUUCUAAGGAGGGGGCGAGUGUGCUCGGGGCGCUGUUCGAGGAGAAGCCUCAGUCUGCCAAUGAUGCUUGGAGGAAGCUCCAUUCUGACCCCUUGCUCAUGAUCCGCCAGCGCGAGCAGGAAGCGCUUGCCAAGAUAAAAAACAACCCUGUCCAGAUGGCUAUUAUCAAGAAAUCGAUUGAAGGAACUGAAAAUAAGGAGAAAGUUUAUAAAAAGGAAAAGCGGAAGAAGCACUGGUCUAGUAAAUCAAAGCAUAAAAAACAGUCUGAUUCAGAAGAUGACACUACUGAGAGGAGAAAACGAAAGACUGGUAAUGAAGUUUCUGACAAGAAGCAUCAUAAGGCUCAAUCAGAUUCAGAGUAUCAGUCAAGUGAAGGAGAAAUGAGAAGAAGGAAGGAUCGCUAUGAGGACAAAAAAUACAGGGAAAGAUCACCCAGUCACCAACAGAGACAAAGAAAUGGCAAAGACUACAAAGAAGAUGCUGGUGACAGAAAUUAUAACAGGUCCAGGUCAGAAAGGAGUGUCCAAAAGGGUCAAUUGGAUUCAGGGUAUGAAUCAAGUGAAGGAGAAAAGAGAAGGAAGAAUUACUAUGAAGGCAAAAAAUGCAGGGAAAGAUCACCCAAUCACCAACAGAGACAAAGAAAUGGCAGAGACUACAAAGAAGACACUGGUGACAGAAAUUAUAACACUUCUAAGUCAGAAAGAUAUGCUUCAGAAGGUUGGUCCAAUAUAGAUGCCCCUAAAAGCGGGGGUGGACGAAUUUCUGAAGCAAGCUCCAAUAGAUAUUCUGCUUCUUCACCUGAACAUGGAUCACACUAUAAGUGCAGGAACGUGGCUCCUAAGCUUUCAGAAGAAGAGCGGGCUGUUAAACUUAAGCAGAUGCAAUUAGCUGCUGAGUUGCAUGAAGAGCAGAGAUGGAAACGUAUAAAGAAGGCUGAGGAGUCGGAUACAAAGGAAGCAAUUCAGAAUGAUAAUGUUUGUGGCAAGAAUUUUUUGGAUACUGUUCAGAAAAGUGUAUAUGGUGCAGCUGAAGGAGGGAGCACAUCAAUAGCUGAGAGUGUCCGUCGUCGGACAUAUUAUUCUCAAGGCAGGUCUGGCGGUGAAGGCAAUGCAUUUCGGCGAUGAACACUCGGUGGUUUUAUCGCUAAUUGUAGCUCUCUUAGUUGUCGCCAGACCCCUCUUGCAUGUGCUUUCUUCCUUGGACCAAAAAAUGAUUCCUUCCAUGUAUAAUAUGCGAAAAGUUGUUUAAUUUCAAGUAGAUAAUAUAUUAAGAAUUCAUAGUUCAUCCUUCAUGAUUCGAAAUUUCUAUGUUCCUUUGUGAUUUUAAGGUAUUCAUGUCCUGAUGUAAAAUAUUUAAAGGCGUUUGGAAUACAGCAUCAAUAUAGUAUUUUGAAAUUGACCCAA